AUGCAGCGAACUUGGGAGAGCGAAGCCCAUGCCAGCGCAGCCUUCGAGACAGCGGCUGCGGGAGAGUGGGAAGGUGUCUUGUUUUGGCAAAAGUCCUGCAGGCGAUUCCUCCUUCUUUCUGUCGGGAAAUCUACUUCCUAGAGUCAAAUUUUCAAGAUGAUCAUUCGAAGUAUUGCAACUCUGUCCUUGCUGACAUCUAUGGACAAGAUUGCCCCGGCUUGAAUAGAUUGUCUUCUUUUAUUUACUUUUUUUGUUUUUAUUUGUCAUUUAUAUAUUUUAUAUUACUACUUUGUAGCUGUGGUCGUUAACAUUUGAAUUGAGUAACAUAUGUAUGUUUAUGUUGCUUAUGCUAUGAGAGAAAGCUCAGCUGUUAAAGACCCCAGCUGAUUGUUGAAGAGACAUUACAUCAUUCUUGCCUUUGGGGGAAUAUAAAAGACUUAAGAUAUCUGAAACUGCCAAGUCUACGGCUGAGUAAAAAUGGCUGAUGCAAAACCUAUUGACUCUGCUGGAGCAUUUGGGAUCCCCAAAUGGAUGAUGCGUAAAGGAACAAGGUAUGAAGUUGAUGACUUCAUAGUGUCGCCCCCGUCCAAUGAGGAUGGGGGAUUCUUUCACCUGCGUUACGGUCGAGCUCCAAGCCCCCGUCCCUCCACCUAUGACCGUAUCAACCAGGAGCUGGGCAUGACAGUCGAGGUCAAAGAUGGUGACCCUGUGCUCAGCAGUGGGGGAAAGAGUGACAGCUUGACCAGCCCAACCACCACCUUGUCCAUCAGUCCCCAAGGGCUUUCUGUGCAGGGCUCUCAAGAAGGAUCACCCAGCUCCCCCGGGGACAGGGAGCACAGUAUCAAGCCUCUCCUGAUUCUGCCUUUUAAGUUUGGAGCUGACUGCACUGCUGCCACAAGUGACAGCACAAGUGCAAACUCUGAUAGCAUUUCUGAGACAUUGGAACCAACUUCAUCCUCAAAGGGCUUUCAGCCUGCUGAUACAAAUUUGAUAAAUGAGAUUCAAGAAAGCCUAACAAAAAUUACUGUAGAAGACUCUUCAAGAUUAUCAGAUCAAAAUGGUCAGAAUGCUCAAGUUGGCUCAGAGAAACCAGAAAAGGAGCAUGCAAUAACUCGGAAAGUUUCCCGUGAAGCUAAUCUCAAGUUGUCCUUGACUGAAAAAAUCCAGGACUUUUCUGGAGCUUCACAACCAGCAUCAUCUGUAGUUUCAACUCCUUUUGUCACUCCACUGACAACUCCGCAGUCCUCUCCCCGCUCCAAGAGAAAGAUAUCAGGAGUCAUCGUAGACCAGAGCAACAUGUCUUCCACUCAGAAUUACUUUUUCACCAGACCAUUUUCAGGAUCACAAGACACAGGCUCAGCACUCUCACCUGAGGCUAAUACUGUUUCUCUGUCUGCAUCAGCAUUACAAGGAGCCCAAAAGCUUGAAGAUGGAGCAGCUCAAGCACUGAGCAUUGACACCUCUCAGAUGAUAACUGGUAAAAAGAAACAGAGACCAAAAGCCUCAAAAUUAAGGGAAAUGAAUUUCUGGGCCCCAACCUCUAUGUAAAAAGGAAAUGAAAAUGAAGAACACUGUUCAAUGAAUAUGCAAAUGCUGCUAUCAUUCGAAAGCCAUUGGCUCUUGUAGUAAUAUAUUGAUAUUGUGGUUAAUGUACCUGAGUGAUUAGGACAUAGUCUUUUUAAUUAUUUAACAAGAAUUAAAAGGGGAAGUAGAUAUUAUCUUACAACUUUUAUUAGAUUUUUGAAAAUCUUUGUUGUUGAAUUGUUAUGUAUAUGAUGAUUAUAUUUACUUAUAUGCCAGUUUUGUAUCUUAAAAAAAUAUUUUUUGUAAUACCUGUCUUGACAUUUGUGGUUUCACCUACUCAAGCUUAUUGCUUCAUAUAUCUCUGUAAGGGAUUGAGGAUUGAGUUGGAAUGUUCAGCCUAGUUGUUAAUGUGUAACUUUAGUUUUAUAGGCUGUAUUUGACAUUCAUACAGACACUGAUUUUGUAACUCCUUUUUACAAAAUUAAUUUAUUGUGCUAUGUUGUAGAAUAUAGUUGUAGUUUUCUUUUUCUUAUGGACAUGAAAACAAAAUAUUUGCUAAAUUACAGUUGUUUAUUUUUGUAUUUUUUUUGUUGCAUUUUUCUUUCUGAACAAAUAUGAUUCAUAAGCAUUU